AUGGCGAAAGACCAAGCUGUCGGUGCCCGGUCGACGUCAGUCAACGGCUGCGCGACGCACGCUAACCCUCCACCGAUCGCGCAGACGGCAAAAUCCGGCUCCUCUGCAGCUAUGGAGAGCUCGGAGGCGGUUGAGGCGAGGUCGUCGCUGUCCACUAAGUCCGUCCAUGCAGGGGAGCGACCUGGACGUCCACUGGUGGUGGACUCGCUGACGACGCCCAUCGUGCAGACGUCCACCUACUUCUUUAAGGACACUGCCGACCUCAUCGAAUUCGUCGAGGGGAGGAAGACGAGCUUCGAGUAUGGGCGGUACGGCAACCCAACGACCGACACCGUGGAGCGCAAGAUCAGCGAGCUGGAGCAGGCGGAGGCGACGCUUCUGUCGUCGUCGGGCAUGUGCGCGGCGACGACGAUGCUGCUGGCGCUGGUGCCGGCGGGCGGGCACAUCGUGACCACCACCGACUGCUACCGCCGCACGCGCCAAUUCAUUCAGACCAUGCUGCCCAAAAUGGGCAUCACCACGACUGUGAUCGACCCGGCUGAUAUGGGCGCACUGGAAAAGGCUCUUGACGAGAAUGAGGUGUCGCUGUUCUUCUCGGAGUCCCCCACGAACCCGUACCUGCGGUGCAUCGACGUGCCGCUGGUGAGCGGGCUGUGCCACGCCAAGGGUGCGCUGGUGUGCAUAGACGGCACGUUCGCCACGCCCAUCAACCAGCACGUGCUGCCGCUCGGCGCGGACCUCGUGCUGCACUCCGGCACCAAGUACCUCGCCGGUCACAAUGACGUGUUGGCGGGGACCAUAAGUGGCAAGGCGGAGCUGGUGCAGAAGGUCCGAGCGCUGCACAACGUGCUGGGGGGAGUCGUUGACCCGCACGCGUCCUACCUGAUACUGCGCGGGCUCAAGACGCUGGCCCUCAGGGUGCGGCGGCAGAACGAGACCGCCAUGGAGCUCGCCCUUGCGCUCUCCAACCACCCCAAGGUGGUGCGAGUGCAUUACCCAGGCCUGCCCUCCCACCCCGAGCACCAAAUCGCGCUGGAGCAGAUGCAUGGCGGCUAUGGGGGUGUUGUCAGCUUCGAGGUGGAUGGGAACCUGGAGCGCACGUCACGCUUCAUUGAUGCACUCGACAUUCCCUACAUCGCCCCCUCGCUGGGUGGCGUGGAAUCGCUGGUGGAGCAGCCCACCAUCAUCUCCUACUGGGACUAUGGGCCAGAGGAGAGGGCAAGGCUGGGCAUCAAGGACAACCUGGUUAGGUUCAGUGCAGGGAUUGAGGACAGCUGUGACAUCAUCGCUGAUGUCAUGCAAGCUCUUGAUAAGAUCUAA